AUGGAGGAGGCCAGGCUCAGAGAGCAGACACACCCCACCCGCCAAGGCCACCGCGCUGGGUUGUGGGGGGACAGAGUUGGGUCUGGGCCAACCGUCCUUGCAUCGGGACACUGGGUGGAUUCUCGUCUGGGAGCGUGGACCGCGACUCCGGAGAGGGCAGGGGUGCUCAGCAAUGGUCAGGGGACAUACAUUAGGCUCAUCAUCACCUCAUGCGUCCCCAAAAAAGUCCCCCACCUCCUCACAUAUGUAGACACAAUACGGGCCCUGAUCCACGAGCGAAAGGCCAUUCCAUCAACUAUCACGGCAAUCACAGCUGGAGCCCCCACACAAUGCAGCCGCAAGACCCGCCUGCUUCUGUGCAGUGUGAUAGUGGCGUACGCGGCUCCAUGUGAGGGCCCCGCCUGUCCACGCAGCCUAAUUAUAUCAUUAGUGCCUUGUCUGAUUGUCUCUCCGCAGCUGAGACCAGGGAGGGCCUUUGUGCAUCGCUGGAAUGCCGUGCGCUUGGCAUUUUUCAGCAAAGGGCAGGAGCAUUUUAGAGGAGAGGAGGCUGAGAUCACUGCUGCUGCGGCCCACUGCCUCUCUCUCCGGGUCGGUGUCACAUCCAUCUUUAUCAGGAGCUCAUACAGACGCGCACUUGUCUAUCAGGCACACUGCAAACGCUUCACUGAGCAAGCUUUACAACAUGGGCAAAGGGCGAUCUGCUUCGCGUGGAACUGA